AUGCCCCGAUUUAAGCCUGCCGCUGGCCUGCCCCCUUACCACCACCGGGCGCUCACCGGUCCUGGAGCCGGCCAUGGGCAGGGUCCAGUCCCCACGGCACAUGGGAUGAUGCACCGGGAGGUCCGUGACCCGUACGGGCCGCCGGGGCCGGGGCUGCACCUACUGCCGCCGGGGCACGGGCCCGGUCCGUUCCCCUACGACAUGCUGCCCCCGCUGCCCCCGCCGGAGGUCCUGGAGCAGAAGCUUGUGGCACAGCGCGGGGAGAUGCAGAAGCUGGCCGUGGAGAACGACCGGCUUGCUGUGAGCCACGCCUCGCUGAGGAAGGAGCUGGCCGUGGCGCAGCAGGAGCUGCAGAGGCUGCAGGCGCAGGGGGAGGCUGCGAAAGCCGCCGAGGAGCAGGAGAUGAGGGGCCUCCUUCAUAAGGUUGGGAAGAUGGAGGCCGACCUGAAGGCCUACGAAAACGUGAAGGUGGAGCUACAGCAGGCGCACGCUGAGGCGCAGAACCUUAUGGCUGUGAGGCAGAGCAUGGUGGCCAAUGUGCAGAAGCUGAGCAAGGACCUGCAGAGGAACCUCGGUGAGUCGCAGCAGCUUCCGGCACUCGUCGCUGAACGGGAUGCUGCUAGGCAAGAAAAUCAGCACCUCAGGAAUACGUAUGACUACGAAAGGAAACUCAGGGUGGAUCACUCAGAGUCUUUGCAGACAAUGAAGAGGAAUUAUGACUCCAUGGUUACAGAGCUUGAAAAACUCCGUGCUGAGUUGAGGGACACGUCUAAUCUUGACAAAAGUGGUUUUUUCUACAAUAAUACCACCCAAAAGGCCGAUGGUAUAUCUAGCCAUCUUUCUGUUGGACAAAUUUCUUAUGAUAGUGGCUACGGAAGUGCACAGGCAAGGACAACUCCUACUGGUCUGGCAGACCCUUUAAGUGGAAGCCCUGGAGGGACUGGUCUUCGUUCUGGAUUGGAUCCAUCAAGAGGCAAUGCAUAUGAUGGUUCUCAUGUUGCCAAUUUCAGUUCUUCAAAAACCGGGACCCAUGAUGCAGCAAGGGGUGCCACUGGCUUUGACUCUUUGAAGGGUUCUGGGUAUGAUGCUUCAAAGGCACAUGUAAUUGGACAGGCGUCAGCUACAGCGGCUCAUGGGGGCCUUGCUGGUUACUACGGAUCCAAUCAGGCAACAUCGGCUCCAUAUGCAUGGGGACAAUCUGCAUCGACCUAUGGAUCUGUACAGGUGCCACCAUCUUAUGCAUCUGGGUCAAACACAUCCUACGGCGCAGCAGCAGUGCGUCCCUAUGGCUCAGCUCAGGCGCAACCAUCAUAUGGACAAACACAGGCACCAUCUGCGUAUGGGCACACACAGCUACCAUCAUCCUUUAGUCUAGCACAGUCACAAUCCCCCUUCACUGCUGCACAGGGGUCCUCUCCCUAUGGGUUGGCUGCACAGCCUCCGGCAUAUGGAUCUGGGCGAGCAGGCACAAAUGCUGGCAACUAUGAAGCGUCUCAUGGACGUAAAUAA